UAACAACACUGGUAUUUAGAAUAAAAAAGUGAUAGAAACAUAUGGGUCCUUUAUUGAACAUUUUAUCUCUCCUGUCACUACGUAAAAUAAACGCGAUGUUUGUAAAUAAUUACCGAUUUAUUGACAAAACAUGUAUAGUCUAUAUUAUGUAAUCUAUUAUAUUAAAACAAUAGCUUAAUCGUAGUACUUUUACAUUUAGUUUAAAAUAUAUGGUAUCAACGGUGAAAGUAUGUUUUCAUGUUUAAAUUUUAUAAUCUUAAAUUACUUUGUUUAUUAUUAAAAAGUCUUAAUAAAUCAUCCCUAUAAUAGGACAUUUUUUCAUCAAUCAAAUUGUUGCAGUAAAUUUUUGUAAAAAAAAAUUUAAUUAGAAAUAUAAUAUCCUGGAUGUAUAUAAGUUACACAAUAUAUUUCAGGAGCAGCUGAGAAAAUUUUUAAACACUACAUAUUAAAACGUUUAUAGUAAUGAAUUAAUUGACAAAUAGAUACAGAAAUUUAGCUUUUAUAUAAAGCUGAGAAGGUAUUGAAAGUUAAAUAUAAUAUAUUAUUACUUUAGAAUGUUUACAUUAACUAAGUUGGCAUUCUAUUCAUGUAACGAAGAACAAAGAAAUUUAUACAAAUACUACAGGUUACCUUCAGUUGAACUUAAUAGCUGUUGUAUUAGUAUAUUAAACUUCAUAUUUAAAAGAGAUAUAAAACAUAAUAAUGAAAAAAAUAUAACACAUCAUUGGGAUGCGAAAAUUGCGUGGGUAGCUGCUGAAAAUAAUCAUUUAGAGUGCUUGAAAUUUGCACUUGCAAAUGGUUGUCCUUGGGAUCAUUUUAUCAUUAAUGCUGCCGCGAAAAAUGGUAAUUUCGAGUGUUUAAAAUAUUUAUAUGAAAACAAUUGUCCAUGGAAUGAAAGAACUAUCUGGGAAGCUGCUGAAAGUGGUAAUGUAGACUGUUUAAAAUUUUUACAUGAAAAUGAAAUUCCUUGGUAUGAAUCAACGACUUGGGCUGCUGCAAGAAAAGGAAAUCUAAAUUGUUUAAAGUAUGCACAUGAAAAUGGUUGUCCAUGGAAUGAAAGGACAAUCUGGGAAGCUUCUACAAAUGGCCAUUUAGGUUGUAUCAUGUAUGCUCAUAGAAAUGGAUGUUCGUGGAAUAGUUACACUUGUAGUGAAGCUUCUAAAAAAGGAAAUUUAGACUGUUUAAAAUAUGCAAAUGAAAAUGGAUGCCCUUGGGAAGAAUCAACUACCUGGGCAGCAGCAGAAAAUGGUAAUUUAAGCUGUUUAAAGUAUGCUUAUGAAAAUGGAUGUCCGUGGGAUAAAAAAACUACUUUGAAAGCUGCUAAAAAUGGCUAUUUAAACUGUUUAAAGUAUGCACAUGAAAACGGAUGUCCUUGGGAUGCUAAAACUUCCAUGAAAGCUGCUAAAAAUGGCUAUUUGAAUUGUCUGAAGUAUGCACAUGAGAAUGGAUGUCCAUGGGAUGUUAGAACUACUUUAGAAGCUGCUAAAAAUGGCUAUUUAAAUUGUUUAAAGUAUGCACAUGAAAAUGGAUGUCCUUGGGAUGCUAGAAUUACUUUGAAAGCAGCUAAAAAUGGUUAUAUAAACUGUCUAAAGUAUGCACAUGAGAAUGGAUGCCAUUGGGAUGUUAGAACUACUACGAAAGCUGCUAAAAAUGGUUAUUUAAACUGUUUAAAGUAUGCACAUGAAAAUGGAUGUCCUUGGGAUUCUAGAACUACUUUAAAAGCUGCUAAAAGUGGCUAUUUAAACUGUUUAAAGUAUGCACAUGAGAAUGGAUGUCCAGAGUAGAUAAAGGUAUAAAAUUAUUGAGUAGCUUAUAAAUAUUUUGGUGUAUAUUACAAGAGCCAUUAUAAAAAGAUAAGUAAAUAUUCUAGAAAAAAUGAAGAAAAUUUUCAAUGUGAAAAAAUCUCAUAUGUUAUCUUUCUUUUAUAAUAAUGAACAAAUAUUUUACCACUGUUUUGUGUGAUAUUAAUAUGUUAAUAUGAAAUAACUUCUUAUUUGUUUUUAUUUUAAAAGGAGUAUUAGAGCAGCUUAUUUCUUACCUGCUAGAAAUAAAAAAAAAAUUUUCGAAUCUACUACUGAUUUAGGAUAAAAAAAAUUCUCUUUUAUUAAAAUUAAACUUUAUUAACACAAUUUUAUUUUUUUAAGUUGGAAGUUUUAGAAGCAAAUUUUUUUAUGUAAAUUCAUUAUUUGGCAAACAUUUUAACAUGUUUUUGUUACAUUAAGAAAAAUAUUAAGGUCAAAGAUACAUUGGAUAUACUUGAAGUUAAACUAUUUACUUAAGCUUUUCCAAAAAUAAAUAAUUUAUAUUCUAUUCUUGAGAGGCAUAAUAAUUUAAGUUUUUCAAUUUUUCAGGAAAAAAAAUUUUUUUUACUGUACAUAUUUAAUUUUUUUAAUUUCAUUGUAGUUAUUAUUUUGUUAAGCUAUUAUAAUACAUCUUUUAUUAGUUUUUGAAACUAUUUUUUCUAUUGGCUGGACUUCAUAAGCUAUGAACAUAAAUUAUUUGGUUUUUGUCUUAAAACUCCUAAAUUAUUAGCUCAAAUAUCUUGUAAAAUGUACUUCAUAUUGAUUUUUGUGCUCUACCAAUAAUGUUAUUCAUUACUUAUUAGUAUUGUUAGUAUUAACUAUUUAUACUAACCACGAGUUAUUAGUAAAUUUUAUUUCUUAUUUAUACUAUUAUUAGAUUAAAUUAUUUAAGGUAAUUGAUAUAAAUUGCGACUAGAAAAAUAUUUUUGUGAUUUAAAAUUUGAGCAAGUUUGAAACUGAUUUUGCUCGUGUGAAGUAUUUUACAUAUUUUAUAUUCUAUAUAAAUAAUUUUAGUUAAGUUAAUAUUUUCCUAUUAAGAUAGUCGUAGACUCUUAAACUCAAAAUAUGAUACUGAUUGAUACUAUGUAUUGUACUUCUGAUCUCUAGACAAACUUUAAUUAUUAGAAUUGAUGAAACAAAUAAUAACAUUUUUAUAAACCUCAUGUUCAUUAAUUACUGUAUCUUUUAUAUUGUAUUUAUUAAAUAGUCAUUAUAAAUUAAUUUUGUAAAAAAUACUAAAGAUUUCUUUUUAAAUUAUGUGUAUUUUUUAUAUUACAUUUUUUCCUAAUAAAAUGUUUGUAUUGUAUAUGUAUGAAAUAGGAAAAUAUUAUUAAAAUAUUAUUUAUUAAAAAUAUGAGAUAAUUAAAAAAAAUAUGUUGAACUAUAAAACUAUAAAUUGUAUGAAACUAAGUUUUUAUAAAACUUUUCAAAGAUUUAAAAACAAAUUAUUGCAAAAUUUUUUUAGAAAAUAAUAACUAGAGAAAUGUAUUAUUUUGAUAAGUAAAAUAUUAUUUCCCUGUAGUUCAUAUCACAUUUCUUGAAUUUUUACAACAAAUGAAAGUAAUAUGAGUGUAUUGAGAACUAAUUUUAUACGUUACUUAAACUUCAUAUUUGUUACAGUAAUUUUAAUCAAAUUUACAGACUUGUUUAAGAGCUCCGUACAAAAAUUCAUUUUUCAAAAAUUUUCAGGGAACUAUAGCAAAAACCAAACAUUUUUGACAUAUAUCUUUACUUACUAGAAAAUUUAAAAAUUGAUAAAUAUAAAAUGAUUUAUAUUAUUCAUUUUAACUUGGAUAAAUGUAUUUGUCUUUUAAUCUUUAUUAAGAACAAUCAAAAUCUAAUUUUGUAAAAAAAAAAGUUUUCUUGAUUUUGUUCAAAUCCCUUCAGUUUAUACAAUAUAUAUUAACUAUGGAUUGUUACACUUUCUAUAUUUUGUUAGUUUUCCACACUCCGAAACUUAUUAAAUAUAAUGAAAUAGUAUGAAGAUAAAAGAUUAAUUUCAAGUACAAAUUUAGAAAACAAACAUGUGUAAAAUGAGAAUAGUAAAUAUGAAAUUUGAAUAUUUCUAAAUAGAGGGCACUUUUAUAAUUUCAAAUUUAAUUUGAUAACUGCGUUCCGUUUCUUGAAAUUUCAAGUAGCAAAAGUUAUUUUACAAAAUACUUAUUUUUUCAUUUUGCAUAUUUCAUUUGUUUAAUAAGAAAUAAAAUAAUGUAAUUAAUAGUAACUAUAUAAAAAUGUUGUAUUAAAUUUUUGAUAUGAAUCUGUAGUUUAGUUAACAAAUAAGGCAUACAUUAAAUUAGUGUAUUAAAAACAUAUUGAAAAUGUAGACUCUGAAUGUUUAAAAUAUUGUUUGAUAUAUUAAAAAUAAAAAUUAUCAAGAAUUUAUAUAUAUAUAUAUAUAUAUAUAAUGUUAUCAAUUAUAAUGAAAUAAACUAUAAGUAGUCACACUAUAGUCAAUAUUGAGUUUAUUUUUCAAAAUACAUAUUUAAAUUUUAAUAUUUAAUUUAUUUAAACCUCAGAUAAUUUAGUAAAUUUAUAAAAUAACAUUGUAUUUCAUUUAAAUUAUAAAAUUUUCUAUUUAACAAUUCAUUGUUAAAAAAAAUUAUUAAAACAAUCAAAUUAAAGUGUUUCAAUAAUUAAUUUUAUUACAUUAUAAAUGGAUGGAAAAAAAUUCUUAUCAAUUAUAAAAUAUAAUGAGUAAAUUUUUAGAAAGUUAUAUUUAUAUAAAAUUAAAUCUCAUGAUUGACUUUCAUAAUUUUGUAUAUCCAUUGGUUCACCUUGGAUAGAACUCCGUCUUUCUUCCAUAAAUUCAUUCCAAUUAUUUGUGUUCUGUUCAGCUGUAAUAUUAUCAAAAUUAAAGUUUUUAUUUAUCAUAACAAUAAAUAAUACUUUAUAAUUUAUCUCAUCUUCAUGUUUUAUAUUAAUGCAUUCAAUUUUGUAUAUUUUUAUUAUAUAGUAUAUAUUGGAUAAAACCAGAUAUGUGAGAUGAAUACUUAAAAUAAUGUAAAAAUCUAUGUAUAAGUGUUAAAUAAAUAAUUUUUAUAAAAUGUU